GGGCGGAGCCGCAGGGGUGGAGCCGUUGAAGCCGGAGCCGUUGAGGCCGGAGCUGUGGAGGCUCCGCCGCCGCCGGGCCGCAGAGCGGGGCCGGGGCGGGCGAGGCGGGCGUCAUGGCGGCGCGGCAGCUGGUGCUGCUGCGGCGGGGCUACAGCAGCGCGGGCGCUGCCGAGUACCUGCACCGCAGCAUCGUGCCCACCAUGCACUACCAGAAGAGCCUGCCCAGACUGCCGGUUCCCAAGCUAGAAGAUACAAUUAAGAGAUAUCUGAAUGCACAGAAACCUCUUUUAAACGAUGACCAGUUCAGGAAAACGGAAGAACUUGCUCAUCAGUUUGAAAAGGGGAUUGGAAGAGAGCUGCAUGAGCAACUAGUUGCUCAAGACAAACAGAACAAGCAUACUAGUUACAUCACAGGUCCCUGGUUUGAUAUGUACCUAAAAUCACGUGACCCCGUUGUUUUGAAUUUUAAUGCAUUUAUGUCUUUUAAUCCUGAUCCAAAAUCUGAGUAUAACGAUCAACUCAUACGAGCUACAAACAUGACUGUUUCUGCUGUACGUUUUAUGAAGACCUUCAGGGCUGGUUAUCUUGAACCUGAGGUUUUUCACCUCAAUCCAGAAAAAAGUGACACUGAGAUCUUUAAGAAAAUUAUCCGAUUUGUGCCUUCCUCACUUUCUUGGUUUGGUGCCUACAUGGUCAAUGCAUACCCCCUCGAUAUGUCUCAGUACUUCAGGCUUUUCAAUUCUACACGGUUGCCUAAGCUCAACAAAGAUGAGCUUUUUACAGAUGAAAAGGCAAAACACUUACUGGUAAUGAGAAAAGGGAAUUUUUAUGUAUUUGAUGUUAUUGAUAGAGAUGGAAAUAUGGUGAAACCUUCAGAAAUACAAGCACAUUUGAAAUACAUCCUUAGUGACAACAGUCCAGCCCCGGACUUCCCACUUGGCUACCUCACCAGUGAAAACCGAGAUACUUGGGCAUUGCUGAGAAAGAAUCUACUGGAUAGCGGCAAUGAGGAAGCUCUUCAAAAAGUAGACUCUGCUCUGUUUUGCCUAAGUUUAGAUGAUUUUCCCAUUAAAGACUUUGUGCACUUGUCCCAUACUAUGUUGCAUGGAGAUGGUGCUAACCGCUGGUAUGACAAAUCCUUUAAUCUUAUCAUAGCUAAAGAUGGCACUGCAGGAAUUAAUUUUGAACAUUCCUGGGGUGAUGGUGUGGCUGUGCUCAGAUUCCAGAACGAAGUCUUCAAAGACAGUACCAAAGUACCAGCUGUCAGCCCUCAGUCGCAGCCUGCUUCCGUAGACUCUUCCAGAGCAGUACAGAAACUUGACUUUAAGCUGAAUGAUGCCUUAAAAGCAGGAAUUACCAAAGCAAAGCAGAAGUUUGAUGCCAGUGUAGAAGCACUAUCUAUUAAUAUGAUUCAGUUCCAUGAAGGGGGCAAGGAACUUUUAAAGCAGAAGAAGGUAAGCCCAGAUGCUGUGGUUCAGCUUGCCUUCCAGAUGGCUUUCCUUCAACAGUACAAUCAGACUGUUGCCACGUAUGAAUCUUGUAGUACUGCGGCUUUCAAACACGGUCGCACAGAAACUAUCCGUCCUGCCUCUAUUCAUACAAAGAAGUGUUCGGAGGCCUUUGUCAGGGAACUGUCCAAACAUAGCACAGAAGAGCUUCAGAAGUUGAUUGUGGAGUGCUCCAAAUACCAUGGCCGUUUGACAAAAGAAGCUGCUAUGGGUCAGGGAUUUGACCGACAUCUCUUUGGGUUGCGCUAUUUAGCCUUAACCAAAGGUAUUGCAUUGCCUGAUUUCUAUCAAGACCAAGCCUAUGCUCGACUUAAUUACAACAUCAUUUCUACAAGCACAUUGGUUAGCCCGGCUGUGCAGUUAGGAGGAUUUGGCCCAGUGGUGCCUGAUGGCUAUGGAGUAGGAUAUCAGGUACAUGAUGGUUGGAUAGGUUGCAAUGUUUCGUCUUACCCAACUAGGAAUGGUAAAGAAUUCCUUCAGUGCAUACACAAAUCACUAGAAAAUAUCUUCAAUGUUUUAAAGGGCAAGAAGGUGGAUAGUUAGACAAAAGGGAUUGAAGACUUUACAGUUGUAGAGAAUACAGACUUUGUCUAAUUGGCAGUACCUACUAAUCAGUGUUCAACAUGUCUGAAACUGAUGAGCUCAAUUGGCUUCAAUUAGCUUCCUUGAGCUUGAAUACUGUGUAGAUUCAAUUUGAAAUUUUUAUCUGUUUUAAAGAAAUCAAGUGCAGACCUUGAAUGCAUAUUUCAGGAAAUACAAGCAUUCAUGAUGUUGAAAUGAAGUAACAGAACUGUCUGUUAAAACAGAUCCACAUGUUCUUAAAAUACAUUUAAAAUAAAAAGCAUUGUUACCAAA